UUUGAGUCGAAGGGAGUCUUGGGCAACGGUGGAUUUGGACAGGUUGACAAAGUUCUUAGUAUGACCAGUUUCAAAGAAUACGCGAGAAAACGAGUGCCCCGAAGUACCGCCUUUAGGGGCCCAAGGAAAGAACACAUGAAAAAAUUCAUCGCUGAAAUCCAACUCCUAAAGCGCUUAAGGCACCACCACAUAGUAGAGUUGAUCGGAAGCUAUACAGACACUCGAUAUAUUGGCUUGAUAAUGUCCCCAGUUGCUGAAAUGGACUUAGGCAGGUACUUAACGGACUGCACAGUCUCCAAUCAUCCCGAACUGCGAACCUUCUUUGGUUGCCUAGCUACGGCGCUUGAAUAUUUACACGAGCAGGGCGUUCGACACAAAGACAUCAAGCCUAGUAACAUCCUCGUGGACCGUGGUACUAUCUUAUAUACAGAUUUCGGCCUAUCUUUCGACUUUACAGACGCAAGUGGCAGUACUACGGCGAGCAUGGUGAAUGGAAUGAGCCCAAGAUAUUGCGCACCUGAAGUUGCUCUACAUGAACCUCGGAAUACAAAGUCCGAUAUCUGGAGCCUAGGUGUAGUCUUCAUGGAAAUAGUUGCU